AUGGUAGUACAAAAUACAAUUAUUUUCGGUUUCAAGAUGGCAGUAAGUAAUCCCUUGAAGUUUACUAAAAAGAGACUAGUUGCAACAAAUGAGCGUCUAUUGAGAGAAAAUCCGAUUUUAAGAGAAAAUACUAUCGGUAGUAAUAAAGACAGAGAGAAGAAGAAUUCUAGGUUGCUUAGGCUCAACUCUACUUUGAAUGGCUCUCCAUGGCUUCUUGCUAGGGAUUUUAAGAUCAUUAGGCAGGCAGCAGAAUCAACUGGUAAUUCAGAAAUUUCAGAUAGAAGCAUUUCAGCAUCCAAGCUUUUAACCGAUACCUUGAUGAUUGAUGCUAAGGAAAGUCUUGAUAAAAUUCGAGCUAGAUUAAUGGCCCAUCCCUCUGUCAUGGUCAUUCAGAAAGAAAAGGAAGCUCUUGGGGAGUGCACAUUAAGAAAAAUUUUGGAUCAGAAUGUUAACCCGCGAGUUGCGAUACACGGACACUUUCCACUCAAUGAGUAG